CUUUUUAAUUGCGUUCCAACUUCGCACCGAGUGCUGCCGGAGUUGUCCUGCGAUUUCUCCGGAGCUGCUGCUGCAAUUUGUGCGUACAAGAGUGGCAGCAAUCUACUCCGAACUUGAAAGGGGGUCCAUAGUAGGAUCAUGCAUUACAAUUUCCUCGUCCUAAUAUGUUUGAUGUGGUUGCUGUGUCAUCCUUGCGCCGCCAAUAGUAGUCGUCAUCAAGGACCUGCCGCACUGGUGAGGGGCAAAAAAUCUAUUCCGGAUUCUGCAUACAAGCCUGAUGAAGUGGUUAAUUCCCCGAAGGGUACCGAUUUUAUUGCGGAGGACGGUGCUGCACCUUACAACUUCCCAGGUUCGAGAAUCGACUCUUGGGGAAUUCCGAACUACCCCCAAAAUGUCCCCGAUCGCGAAAGAUGGGACUUGGUCGCGAGUCAAGCUGCAAAAAAUCCACAUUCCAAUGGAGACCUACUUUACAAUGAUUUUAAUAAACGCGGCCGUUUUGGCUUUUUCGCCAUGCGAGGCAAGAAAGUGGCGGACAAUCCAACAUUUCAAGACUUCAAGAGAACGCGCAUGGGAUUUUUCGCAACAAGAGGCAAAAAAAAUAUCGAAGACUUCACGUCGAACAAUGAUAAGCGUCGUCCGCCCAUGGGUUUUUUUGCUGUGCGGGGCAAGAAAGUCGUACUUGGUAAAAAGUACCCUUAUGAAUGCUAUCACGACAUUGGUCGCUCAGAUAACUCGUAUUACGAUGGAACUGUCGACCUCAAUCAGCUUAUGACGUUGCUCAGUGGCCCAAAUGACAUUGAUGAUUUUGGCAGUCAAUAGAGCGUAACACAAUUUCGUUUUGUUGUCGAGAUAUUCGCAAAACACGCUUCUACUUGGAGAAACGGGAUUAAUAAAAAAUGUUGGAUCGAUGGGUCCCUGUAUAUUUUCGCUGUGUCUAUAACUUACCACUAUGUAUCCAUGUUUCCCUUACCAUAUAAUAAAAUAGUGAAUACAGUAGUCAGAAAUAUAAGUGUGCUAUUACAAUUUCAGGUAUAAUUUUGUACAAAAGUGCUUGAACUGAAGCAUUCUAUAAAUAAUUAUUGUUUGUUAUUUCAAAAUAAAUAUU